GACUGACUGGUCAACAUGACAUGCCCGUGUGGAGUGUGUGUGGGGGCUGCUGAAUGGUCAUCCCUGUUAAGUAGUCACAAUGGCAUGGCAGUCAAUAAGCUGUACUACAAAGCUGUAAUUAGCAAUGUGUGUAUUGGCCCGCCAGCGCGGGACCGAGCGAGCGAAUACACACAGUUGCACCCACACACACACACCCUCACACAGAGGAAGGAAGCUUGUCACUUCUUCAGAGACAAGCCUCCUCUCCCUUACCCCUUUCCAGGGCCCCCCACUCCUUAUGCAGUCUCCUUUAUACUUCCUCUCUUUUGGCACUCCCCAGCAAAAUCAGGACAGGAGAGAGAGAGAGAGAGAUCAAGUGUCUCUGCUGUCUACUUGGAAGGCAAAAAUGCCGUCUGCUCGAGUGGGUUCUUGGCGACGGGCUCGGCUCGCCGGCGCCAAGAACCCACGAAGGAGAAGAAGACCAGCAAAUGGCCGAUGUGCACUGAUGCAGUGCACGAACAAAAGGAGAUGCACUGGAGGCGUACGUCUUGUGUGGUGUGUGCUCUACAGAACUACGGAAUCCUUGAUAGAUAUGGACCCCCCAGCUACGGAAUGCCGGCCGCCUACCAACCUACCAACACACGAACUCUCCCACUCUCUGACUCACAUGUAGUUCAUAUUGCGCGUAGAUAUGCCCUGCGGCGGCUGCACACACACAUACACACACACACACACGCACAUAGCAGGGCUGAGGGAGACACGCAUCGCGCCUCUGCCCAUACCGGCUGAGCAAUGAACUCCGUGGGGUACUCGUCAGGUAUCGAGGACCUUGGCGGACUACCACCACCACCACUGCUGCUCAGCCGGGCAAACUCCUCCUGACACAGCACAACACACACAACGAAUUACAAAACACAACGCUCGAACGCUCCCUCCGUCCGUUUGUCUCUAUUCCACCUGUAUGGUCUUGAGCUGGUUCAUCAUGGCCGCCAUCGACACGGGUUCGACCGGACCAGCCCCACUUCCACCGACCCCCCCUCCGCCAAUCAUGGGAGGCAUCAUCAUCAUGCUGCUGCUGUUGUUGACCAUGCUCUUCGCACUGGGCGUACUCGGUUGCUGUGGCUGCUGGUGUGGUGACGUUGGCUGGGAUAUGGGGGUUUUCUGCUGCUGCUGCUGCUGCAUGGGCUGCAUGGGCUGCAUCAUCUGUGGGGGCAUGCUCAUCAGGGUGCUGGUGUUGUCUAGCUGGGGCAAGGCGCGGCCCUGCAGCUGCGCCAGGACCGUUGCCAGCAUCUUGGUGCUCCUGCGGCGCCUACACACACCACACACACACACACACAGACAGACAGACAGAGAGAGAGUAUGGUGGAAGUGUGUGUGUGCGCGUACCGAUCCCCUCUAAUUCCCUUUUCGGGGUCUCCGUCUUUGCCGUCGUCGCCCUUGAUGGGCUCGUUGAGCAGCUUGGGCUUCUCCUCCUCUACGCGAUCGAGGAACUCCAAAUCACCCUGAACAGAUGCACAUUGAGACGAGUCAGAGUAUCGUGCGUGUGCGUGUGCGUGCGCGUGUGCGUGUGUGUGUGUGUGUGCGUGUGCUUUGCCGACUGCUUGUAUCCUUGCGAGUAUCUGUCCGAUCCUCGAGGCCUCGUCAGCCUUCUCCCAUGACUCCAUCUCACCCUUGAGCAUCGCCUGCUUCCACGCCGUCUUCACCUGACACACACAUCACACACACACACACACACACACAUUGGUGUCUUUUGCACGUCUGCGUGUGUUGGGGGGAGAGGAGGGAGGGGGGGCUUGCCUGGAAGAUGUACAUUGAGAAUCCGACUUUGGCGACCAGGUCGCAGACGGUGAAGAUGAUGUCAAACAAGUCACCGCUCAUGACGUCGAAGCCUACACAGAGACACAGAGGGACAGGGAGGGCCCUCUCUCCCUCUCUCCCUCUCUCUGUGUGUCUGCAACCCUCAGCACCUUCUGGGCCGAUGAGCCAGGUGAUGGGGAAGGGGAUCCAGCUGAGCAUGACCACGAGCGCCGUCUUGCGCAGAUAAGACGUCCCUGCACACAUCCAUAUGGCCGCAGUGCACAGUGAAGAAUGCCAUCACACACAGACAGAGACAGGGACGGAGAGACAGAGCAAUGAAGCCAAUCGCCCUCCCCCUGGGUGUCUGCCGCCUGUGUGCUACACGACCGACCCGACCUUCGAAGAGGUUUUCUUUGAAAUUGGUUGAUUCCUGUAUCACCAGGUUCAUGGUGUAGAUGACGAUGCCGAAGAAAAACGCCCCGCAACAAAACACAAUCAUCUUGUAACCCCGCUCAGGAAUGAUACUGAAGAGAAGAAAGAGAAACGACGAGAGAGAGAGAGAGAGAGAGAGAGAGAGAGACCAUCCACACACCCCCUCCUCACGCACACGCCCACACCCACCUGGCAAAAAGGGCGAAGGAGAGCAUCAUGAAUGUCUGCAGGGUGAUCUCGACCUUCCGAUGGAACGCCCCCCCUCCCAACUCCACCAAUUGGUAGGUAAUCACCGGGCAGGUCACACAGUACUGCACAUACUUGGCCGUGUCCACCUCGAACCCGUUGUCGAGGCGGAUGUUGUCCAGCCUGCUCAGCUGCACCAGGUUGAACAGGCCCGUGUACAGCAGCAUGAACGAGUUGACCGCCGAGCAAAAGUUGAAGCGCCGCUCUCUCUCGUUGGGCACGUUCGGGUCGGGCCGCUUGUUCCACAGCCACAGGCCGAACGCUGCAGAUGGACGGACAGACAAAGAGCAGUUCUCAUCCCUCCCCGCCCCCGCUGCACACUGCACGGCAAACCUGAGAAAAAGAUGGUUGAGAAGAUCCUGGAGCCCAACUGACCAGCAGAGAGAGAGAGAGGGAGAGAGACCGACAGGCGUACAGCACAAACAUACCCCGUCCCCCCCACGGGAACCUACCACUGCGUCGCUGAGGUCCAUGGGGCUGCCAUCGUCGUCCUCUUUCUCUGGCGCUGACGUCUGGCCAUAAGCGCCGGCCAUCAUCACGCUGCAGCAAGCCACCACGCCACCCAGUAGCAACCACCACGGUGACCUUUGUGCACCCGCCAUCCUUGGGGGAAAGGGGAG